UCAUCCUCUUCGCCCAUGUUCAUCCUCUGCUAUUUAAAGGCACAGACCGCCGUUCUUAUCCAAGAAAUUCACACUCCGCAAGCAACCCUUCACCUCUCUCUGUCUCUCUCCCCGCCGUUGUUUGCUUCGGAUGUUCCAAGAAUAGGAAGUUCCUAUUUGGGUUUCGUUUCUGUUUUGUUUUUGUUCCGGAGAUUGUUACUUUCUUUUCAAGAUUAUAGCAAACAAAGGGUGUUCGUCUUCUUAUUGAACCAUAAAGAAAGGGUUUCUCGUUACUUGCUCGUUUCUUGCUCGUUUCUUGCAACCCUUGUUUGCAAAUCUUCAAAAAUGGUUUCUUUGGUUUCUCGUACGGGAAGAAAUUUGCAGCGCUACAGAGAAGGUCGUCGUAUAGUCGUUGGAUGUGUACCUUACAGAUACAAAAAUGGGAAGCAUCCUUCAUGUGAGAGCACUAACACCAUCGAUGAUGAAGGAGAAUUAGAGAUCCUUGUAAUUUCUUCCCAAAAGGGUCACGGCAUGUUGUUCCCUAAGGGAGGUUGGGAAUCUGAUGAGUCAAUUGAAGAUGCAGCUGAGAGAGAAACAGAGGAAGAAGCUGGUGUACGAGGCGAAGUUCAGAGGAAACUGGGUGAAUGGCCUUUCAAGAGCAGAAGAUAUAACACAUUCUAUGAAGGUGUCAUGUUCCCCUUGCUUGUUAAAGAACAACUUGAUCAAUGGCCUGAAAAGAACCAUCGUCGAAGGAUGUGGAUGACUGUGGCUGAGGCUAGAGAAGUGUGUCAACAUCAUUGGAUGAAGGAAGCACUAGACAGACUGGUUAAACGCUUGAUGCAACAACCAGAUGAAGAAGACAUAGUAAGAUCACCUAGUUCUUCAAGCGAUGAAGAGACAAUUAGUGAGGAAGAGAUAGCUCCUUGUGUUCUACUCUAGAGAAGGAUAGAGAGAGAGAGAAGGAAGGGGGAUCCUUCAAAUUAUUAAUUCACUGCCUCUUGGAAGAACAACCCAGCUCAUUUGCUACAUGGUAGGAGGAGGCUCUACGAACCAGAGCCAGAACAGAGGUUGGGUACUGUUCAAUAACACUUGAUCAAGAAAGACGGAGACAUGGAAAUGAAGAUGUAACUGAUGGGUUGACCUCUUUGAUUCAUGUACAGUAGUUGUUGGCACCUUCUUGUAAUUUCCAAUUGCUGUGCAGGUUAGAAAUUUUCAGCUUUUGGCUUUCUUUUACUUCUGAUUUCUAGAAACCCAUAAGGGGUUUCAACCAAACUUCAAGUUGUACAUAAAGAUCAAUCAAGUCCACUUUUUGUAUCGAAUAAAAUAUUGAAUUUUCCAUUUCA